AUGCGCAACCUCAGGAAUAUUCGUUUUUCGGAAGUCCCGCUGCUCGGUGGGCUUCCGUUGGCCGCCACUGCGUGGGAUGCCUCAACGGACUCGCUGAUAUGCGCAUUUGGUCCGGCGGAGGAUAACGCAGUGAUCGAGCUGAAGAGAAAGCUGCAGCAUGAAGAUGCCAAUCCCGAGGCGCUGCCUGGGGACAUGUCCCUAAUUGCAUCCUGGGACGCGCCUUGCCCAAACCCGGACAUGAAGUGUGAUCGCAUAUUGUCCUUGCAGUACUUCCCCGACACCUUGAUAAUAUGCUUGGUGCUUGAAGGAGGAGAUAUUAUUGUCGUUCGUGAAGAGCCUCAGCCAGGAGAGGACAAGAUUGAAAUUGUUGGCAGCGUUGAUGCCGGUAUAUCUGCUGCCGCUUGGUCUCCUGACGAGGAGCUGCUGGCCAUCUCUACAAAGGCAAACACUCUACUCUACAUGACCAGAGACUUUGAAGGCGCUGCGGAUAUUGCUUUAAGCCAGGAAGAUCUCAAGAUAUCCCAACAUGUCUCCGUGGGCUGGGGAAAGAAAGAGACUCAAUUCCAGGGGAAACGAGCGAAAGCUCUUCGAGAUCCAACAAUGCCAGAGAAAGUUGACGAAGGAAAAUUAAGCGAGUUUGAUGACGGGAAAACCACUCUCAGCUGGAGAGGCGAUGGUGCAUAUCUCGCUCUUAAUAGCAUUGAGACUGGCAUUCGUCGAGUUAUCCGUGUCUAUUCUCGAGAAGGUGCAUUGGAUAGUGUGAGUGAGCCAGUAGACGGACUAGAGGGUGCUCUAAGCUGGCGGCCAUCGGGCAAUCUCAUUGCAGGCAUCCAACGGCUUGAUGAUAGGAUCGAUGUUGUCUUCUUUGAAAGAAACGGGCUGCGACAUGGCCAGUUUACUCUUCGGUUAUCAAAGGAGGAACGACUAAGCUGGGCAUCCAACAUCACUCUCGCCUGGAAUGCUGAUUCAAAUGUGCUUGCAGUCCAGUUCAAAGAUAGGAUCCAGCUUUGGACAACAGGAAACUAUCAUUACUACCUCAAACAAGAAAUUUCACUAUCAAUCGAUGGGGCAUCACCACUUUGCACGUUCCGCUGGCAUCACGAGAAAGCGAUGCGUUUCACCACAAGCUCGCCAACCUCGUUGAUUGAUACCGAUUGGGUAUUUGAGGUUGCGGCUGGUUCGACUAUCAUUCCUAAUGACUUUGGUUCUACCGCUGUAAUCGAUGGAUGCACCUUAAAGUUGUCUCCGUUGAAGGUAGCAACAGUGCCUCCCCCGAUGGCACUUUGCGAGCUUACCCAUGACUCAAACAUUAUUGAUGUGGCGUUUAGCAAGACGAGCGCAAAAAUUGCUAUCCUCAGCGCAGCUUCAUUUACGAUAUACACUUGGAAUCUCAAGUCCACCUCUCCCCUUGAAGCAACACUAUACUCCUCACAUGCCAUUUCUCCGUCCAGGCGCCCUAGGCUAAUCGCUUUUCUUGGUGAGGACGAUAUCUACGUAGUAACGCAAGAUGAAUUUGGCGGAGAAGUUGUUGAGUGGACAGGGUUACAUUCGAAUGCUUCCAAACCAGUCUUUCUUCCUGAGGAGGGAGUUCAUAUAUCCUCUAUUUUCCCCGAUUCUGAGCAGGAGAAACUUUGGAUUGCCCACAUAUCUCCGAGCAAACGAGUCAGAAGUCAUAGCUUUGUUCGAAACAACGGAGCCGAGGACUCUUCCGUUAUUACAUGGCAAGAUGGGCCCGCAACCGACACCAGCUGGGCCCGUGCUAUCCAAGUUCCUAGCGGGGAUGAUAUAUUGUUCACGCUUUCUCGGUCCGGAGCUCUGUAUGCCAAUAAGCGAUUGCUCACCAAGAGCGUUACAUCUUUUCUCCUGACUUCUGCCCAUCUGAUCUAUACAACUGCGCAGCAUCUACUUAAAUUUGUUCACAUAACUAAAGUUGAUGAUCUUGAAAUACCAGGGGAUACCCCAGAAGAGGAUGAGAGGUGCCGAAGCAUUGAGCGUGGAGCCAAAUUAAUUACUGCCAUGCCCUCUAAGCUCGGCCUUACCCUGCAGAUGCCUCGAGGGAAUAUAGAAACAAUCUACCCUCGAGCUUUUGUCCUGGCAGGUAUCCGUGGCUACAUUGAAAACAAGAAAUACAAAUCAGCCUACCUGGUUUGUAGAGCACAGAUGGUGGAUAUGAACAUCCUCUAUGACUAUAUGCCCGAACAAUUUUUGGAUAAUAUACCGCUCUUCCUUGAUCAAGUGAAGAGGGUCGAGUUCAUCGACGAGUUUCUAUCUCGCCUAAGAAACGAAGAUGUAACGAAGACAAUUUACAAGGAUACUCUUAAGCUUUCGCAGCCGACAGAAGCCUCUCGAGGCAACGCUCCCGGGUCAGAUCAGGCGCCGGCUAUCUCCUUCGGUAAAACUAAAGCUGAGAACAAAGUGAACAAGAUCUGUGAUGCGUUUAUAGCCGUCCUUUCUUACCGAAUUGAUACCAAUCUUCAAAAUCUGGUCACCUCGCACGUUUGCAAGUCUCCCCCAGAUCUUGAUGCUGGGCUCAGCCUUGUCGCCAAAUUACGCGAACGGAACGCAGAACAGGCAGAGGAAGCAGUAGAGCAUAUGUGCUUCCUUACAGAUGCCCACCAACUUUUCAAUUAUGCACUAGGUCUAUAUGAUCUUGAGCUUACGUUGAUGGUGGCUCAACAAGCUCAACGAGACCCGAGAGAAUACCUCCCAUUCCUUCAGAAGUUACAUGGUAUUUCAGAGCUUCAACGCAAGUUUGAAAUUGACAAUCACCUUGGUCGUUUCAAUAAAGCAUUGAAGACUCUACAUGCAUUGGGCUCAUAUGAUGAUCUGAAAUUGUACACAAUCAAGCAUGGCCUUUAUAAAGAUGCAUUGGAGUUGUAUAAGUACCAGCCAGAGCUUUUGCGGGAUAUGACCCAAUUGCACGCAGACUACCUAUACGACCAGUCAAACUACAAAGAAGCUGCUAUUGCUUACGAAUCUCUUGGAAUGUUCAAGCCUGCUUAUGAAUCGUACAAACUGGCACAUAUGUGGCGAGAAUCACUUUACUGUGCAGCCUUAGUUCCGCUAUCAGAAACCGAUAUGAAUGAAUUAGCCACAUCCCUAGCCUCCACGCUCACAGACGAAAGUAAAGACUACGUCUCCGCUGCACGUAUUCAAUCGGACUACCUUCAUGAUAUUCCUACCGCAGCACGACUGCUUUGCAAAGGUUCUCAGUUUGGCGACGCAUGUCGGCUACUUGUCCUACACAACCAUCAAGACCGAGUCUCCGAAAUUGUUGACCAUGGCCUUACAGAAGCAAUGGGAACUAUGACCGAACUUCUAGCAGACUGCAGAAGCCAACUACAAGCACAGGUGCCACGGAUACAGGAAUUGCGAGCUAAACGCGCUGCUGACCCUCUGGGCUUCUAUGGUGGUGACCCAACUGGUGCUGGCGCUGGAGACGUUGAUAUCCCUGACAAUAUUUCUCUUGCGCCAACGGACGCAAGUACAAUGGCAGGUAGGAGUUUGUUCACCCGAUAUACUGGGGGAAGCAGUACGUCACGGGCUAGUAGCCGGAUGAGGAAGAGAGAAGAACGCAGGCGUGCAAAGGGGAAGAAAGGGACUGUUUACGAAGAGGAAUACCUCGUAAAUAGCGUGAGGCGGCUGAUUGAGAAGGUGAACAGCUCAAUUGAGGAAGUGGAAGCGUUGGUCCAAGGAAUGCUGAGAAGGGGGAUGCGCGAACGAGCAGCUGUAGUGGAGAAGAAUCUUGAUGAAGUUUUGAGUAUGUGUAGGGAUUGUCUGAGUGAUGUCUUCGAGACCCCUGCAGAGGCCAGUUCGGAUGCGCAGGAUAAGGAAGAUGAACCUCCUGCUGGUGCGAUUUCAAGUGGGGAACGAGUUUAUCUGGAGAGCAUGGAAGCUCUCAGGGGCAAAGGGAGGGAACCCCCUGUGGUCAAGGCUUUUAAGAAGCUCUCUUUAUUGGGUGGUUAA